UUAUGAGAGUGAUUACAGAGCAGUAGGUUUAGUACUUUAGACCAUAUACACAGAUAGCAGUUUCACAUUUACUUUGAUUAAAUACAGUGAUUUGAUCAUAUCGAGGUCACGUCUGCUUAGCUACUGUUCGUCUCAUCAUUAAACAGUCAAGAAGCCAUUCUGUUGGACAGGAAGGUUACCAUGGCUACACAGUCAGCUGACGUGAUCAUAGUCGGUGCAGGUCUUAGUGGUCUGAUAGCAGCCAGGGAGUUGCAGAGACAAGGCGUGGAUGUCUUAGUACUGGAGGCCAGAGACCGAGUGGGAGGACGUAUGUAUACAAUCAAGAACAAAAAGUCCCCGUAUGUUGACCUCGGAGCAGCUUAUAUUGGAGCCACUCAGAAGCGGGUUUGGAAAUUGAUCAAAGAGUUUGACCUUAAAGCUUUCCCAACCAAUGAGAAAGAAGAUCUCAUCUACUAUGAACAGGGGCGAGUCAAACGGUUCCGUACGAUCUUUCCCCCUGUAGGAGGACUCCUGUCUUGGCUUGAUAUGAACAACAUGCUGAGGAAGUUUGACAAAAUGGGAGCUGAGAUUCCGCUUGACGCACCUUGGAAGGCUCCGCACGCGAAAGACUGGGAUCGAAUCACAGUUCAACAAUUUAUAAACAAAAAUGCUUGGACCAGAGCUGGCAGAUAUAUCAUCUCAGACUCGGUCAGGUUAAAUAACACAAUAGGCCCCCACGAGGUGUCGCUGCUGUACAUCUUAUGGCACUACAGAACCGUCGGGGGAAUACAUUUAAUCAAUGCUACAGAAGGCGGCGCUCAAGAGUGUAAACUUGUCGGUGGGAAUCAACAAAUAUGUCACAGACUAAGCGACCAAGUCGGCCAUGACAGAAUUAUUCUGGGUAGUCCAGUUGUCCAUAUCAACCAGAUGGGAAAUGACGUCAUAGUUACCUCACUACCAGGCUUAAAGUACAAGUGUAAUCAAGUCAUUGUGACCACUCCGUUGUCCAUUCAAGCCAAGAUGAGCUACAGCCCACCCCUGCCCGCACACAGGAAUGAACUCAUCCAGAGAGUACCCAUGGGAUCCGUGAUGAAAGCCUUCGCUUACUAUGACACUCCAUUCUGGAAAGAGAAAGGGUUCUGUGGUUCCGCCAACGUAAACGACAAAGACUGCAUCAUAACAUACACAAUGGACAACUCAGCACCUGAUGGAACAACACCAGCACUAGUAGCAUUUAUUGUGGCUGAAAACGCCAGGAGGGCGAUCCUCAUGACCAAAGAAGAGCGACAGCAGCGUAUCUUGGCAGAUUUGGCCAAAGUUUUCGACUCAAAGUUGGCACUCUCACCAACCCACUAUGAAGAAAUGAAUUGGUCCACUGAACAGUACUCAGGAGGGUGUUAUUUUCUGGCCCUACCCACAGGAGUUCUCACAACCUAUGGCCCUAUCUUAAGGCAACCAGUUGACAGGGUGUACUUUGGUGGCACAGAAACAGCCACUCAGUGGGCAGGUUACAUGGAAGGCGCCAUACAAGCCGGGGAGCGGGCAGCUAGACAGGUGUUACAUGCUAAAGGCAAAAUCUCUGAAGAGGAAGUGGAAAUCCCAGAUAAUGAUGAGGAGACCAAAUCAAAAAGGCUGGAGUUAAGUUUUAUGGAGAGACAUGCGCCAAGUGUGCCAGGGUUCUUCGGCAUGUUGGCACUGACAGGGCUAGUCGCAACACUCUGUAGUAAACUGUAGUUCAUGUCAAGUCACUUAAUGUUAACUAUGUAACAAGCGAUAAAUCAUGACUGGAGAUUCUCAUGACUUAUGUCAUGACUGGAGAUUCUCUUGACAUUGCUGUCAUGUUUAGGACAUCGACAGUUUAUAAUGCUUGCUAUGUAGAUCUAAAUCAGGGAAUUAUUUCUAGAAAAUGUAUACACAUAUUAUUAUGAGUGUUGAUUUGUUAAUAAUGAAUUGUUGAGGCAGGGCGUGGAGCAUAUGAAGAUUUUUAGAGUGUUACUAAGGUAUUAGUUUAGAUGCCCAGAUACCUAUACCUGAUUCUGCGUAUCUAGUCACCUAAACUAAUACCCUACUAGUUGUACAGCAAUCAAUGUGAAAACUUGUGUCUAGUUAAAAAGAAUGCUCAAAUACCAAGAGAAUAAAAUGUUGACUUUCAUGA